AUUAUUGAAUCAUCAUGACUUAUAAUAAAUAAAUAAAACGGUUGCUGUACAUUGUUAUUAUUCUGGGGAAUAUAAAUAUAAUUGAAAAAUUCUCAAUUGCAAAACUUUUUAAAUAUUUAUUUUAGUUUUUAAAUUCAUCAAUAAUAUUACCAACUUAAUAAUAAACAAUCAACAUGUCUGAUGAUCGUUUUAUUCCAUUACCACAAGGUGCUGGUUACGCCGUGGUUGUUGGUUUAGGUGCUGUAUUUGCUUUUGGUAUGAUGCUUAUAACUUAUGUCUUAAGAAGAUAUAAUCGUGAAAUUAUGACUGCUGAAGAAUUUGCUACUGCAGGUAGAUCUGUUAAAACAGGUUUAAUUUCUGCUGCUGUUGUUUCUUCUUGGACUUGGGCCGCUACAUUAUUAACUUCAACUACUCAAGUUUAUAAUAACGGUAUAUCUGGUGGUUUCUUCUAUGCUGCUGGUGCUACUUGUCAAAUUACCUUAUUUGCAUGUUUAGCUAUUAAGGGUAAGGAAAAGGCUCCUGGUGCUCAUACUUAUUUGGAAAUUGUUAAGGCCAGAUAUGGUACUACUACCCAUUUAGUUUAUGUUUUUUGGGGAUUUGCAACUAAUGUAUUAGUUACUGCUAUGUUAUUAACUGGUGGUUCUGCCGUGGUUAAUGAUUUAACUGGUAUGAAUACGGUGGCUGCUUGUUUAUUAUUACCUUUAGGUGUUGUGUUAUAUACAUUAUUUGGUGGUAUUAAAGCUACUUUCUUAACUGAUUAUGCUCAUACUGUCGUCUUGGUAGUUAUUAUUUUAGUUUUUGCCUUUUCUGCAUUUGCAACCAAUAGUCAAUUAGGUUCUCCAGGUAAAGUUUGGGAAAUUAUAACUGCUUUAGCUGAAACAAGACCAAGAGAAGGUAAUGCUGGAGGUUCAUAUUUAACUUUAAGAUCAAGAGGUGGAGGUAUCUUCUUUGUUAUUAACAUUGUGGGUAACUUCGGUACUGUCUUUUUAGAUAAUGGUUAUUUCAAUAAGGCUUUCGCCGCUAAUCCAAGAGCUGCUUUACCAGGAUAUGUAUUAGGUUCACUUGCUUGGUUUGCAAUUCCAUGUUUAAUUUCAUUAACUAUGGGUUUAACUGGUUUAGCUUUAGAAAAUACUCCAUCAUGGCCAACUGCUCAACCAUUAACUGCUGCUCAAGUUUCUGCUGGUUUAGUUUUACCAAAUGCUGCAGUUGCACUUUUAGGUACUGGAGGUGCAGUUGCAUCUUUAUUAUUAGUUUUCAUGGCUGUUACCUCUGCCAUGUCUGCUGAAUUAAUUGCUGUUUCAACUAUUUUCACUUAUGAUAUUUACAGAUCUUACAUUAAUCCAAAUGCUACUGGUAAGAAAUUAAUUUGGGUUUCUCAUCUUACAGUUAUUGGAUAUGCUUAUAUAAUGGCAGGAUUUGCUAUUGGUUUAUACUAUGCUGGUAUUUCUAUGGGAUACCUUUAUGAAUUAAUGGGAGUUAUUAUUGGAGGUGCUGUAUUAUCAUCUGCUUUAACCUUACUUUCAAAACGUCAAAAUCAUGUUGCUGCCACCUGGACUCCACCAAUUGCCACUGCUUUAGCUAUUAUGUCUUGGUUAGUAUGUACUAAAGUACAAUUUGGAUCUAUUAAUGUCAACAAUACAUUUGAAGAUAAUGCCAUGUUAACCGGUAAUGUGGUUGCAUUAUUAUCACCAUUAGUUAUAGUACCAAUCUUAACAUUUGCUUUCAAACCACAAAACUUUGAUUGGGAAAUUUUGAAGUCAAUUCAAAGAGUUGAUGAAAAUGAAGAAAUAUUAGAAGCUGUCGGUAGUAAAGAAACUGAUGUUGAAGUUGGGGUUCAUCCAGUUAAAUCACAAAUUAGUGUAAUCGCUAGUGAAAUUGCUGAGCAUAACUAUACUCAAUUAGAAGAAGAAGAGCAAUUAUUGGCUAAAUCAUUUAAAAUAGCUGCAAUUAUUUGUGUGGCAUUAACUGUAUGUCUUUUAGUUCUUUGGCCAAUGCCAAUGUAUGGUACUUCAUACAUUUUCUCCAAAGGAUUCUUUACUGGAUGGGUUGUUGUUCUUUUCAUUUGGAUCUUCUUUACUGUAUUUAUGGUUAUUAUAUAUCCAGUAUGGGAAGGUAGAGAUGGAUUAUUUACUACAUUCAGAGGAAUUUAUUGGGAUUUGACUGGUCAAACCUAUAAGUUGAGAGCAUGGCAAGAAGCUAAUCCUGAGAAGUUACAUGCAGUAAAGUCACAAGUGGCAGCUCACUUAUUGGCUACAAGUCAAUCUAGAAAUCGUAUUGUUUAUGAAGGUAAGACUAUUACUGAUGGUUCAUUAACACCUACUGGUAUUGAUGAGAAGUUAGAUAUUAAGUCAUAAUUGGGAUUAUACUGUUGAUUUUUUGUUAUUGUUAGUCUAUGUAGGCGUAUUUAUUUCUUGUUUAGUGUUUCCAAU